AUGUUUGGCGCCGCAGCACAGCACCUCAACACUCAGGAUCAGAACAGCAAUGCCUUCGCAUCUACGUCUGGCGCUUCCAUCUGGGACGAGCCAGGCCGCACGAUGGACCUCGUCUUCAUCAUGGACGCAACAGGCUCCAUGGGCAGCUACAUCAACUCGGCCACCAAGAACAUCGAGACCAUUUGCGAAAACAUCGUCCGCUCCGAGCAGCUCAACGGGCCAGGAGCCCUGCGCAUCGGUCUCAUCGCCUACCGCGACCAUCCACCACAGGAUCACACCUACAUUGUCAAGAACUUUGGCUUCCACAACAAGGUCGAAAAGGUCAAGGAGGCGCUCAAAACACUCUACGCUUCUGGUGGAGGCGAUGGUCCCGAAGCCGUCACCGCGGCUAUGAAGGCUGCUCUCGACCUCGACUGGCGACCGCACGCCACAAAACUUGCUGUGUUGAUCGCCGAUGCUCCACCACACGGUAUCGGCGAGUACGGCGAUGGCUUCCAGGAAGGAUCUCCAGAUGGCCACGAUCCGCUACGACUUGCACGCCAGUAUGCGAAGGCGGGCAUUCCGCUCUUCAUGAUCGCAUGCGAACCUGCGCUUUCGGGCUACCAACACGCUGCUGAUUUCUUCCAAGGUCUUGUACAGAUCACGGGCGCCAUGCUGGUCCCACUCACCACCGCCAGCCUUUUGAGUCAUGUCAUCCUCGGCCUUGCUGGUGAAGCGAUGGAUCUUGACCGGCUGCAUCGCGAGAUCGGGGACGCCAUCGCUGAGCGUAUCCAGUCGCUGAGUCUCGAGGGCGGGCAGAGCAAUCCCAUGGACGACGUAGCCAGAGAGCUUCACGAGCGACUCCUCUUGCGCAACGAGAACACCAAGCAGCUCUACAUCGAAAGCAUCUACCGCGACACGGAGGAGUCGCGCCACAACAUCCAAGUUUGGGCUACCGCACCGGACCUCGCCACUGCCAGACCCAACAUCAAACGUGUAGCCGGUUCACGUCUCAGCGACAAGUAUCUGCAGACCAGAAGGGCGACUUCGUCGUACAAACCGUACGUGCCCUUUCCCAAGCCACCAGGUGGCGGCGGCUCGACGUCGACCGCAUUCGGCGGGUCCAGCUCGGCCUCGUCACCACCGUCGUCACAACCUGGUUCGCGCAAAGUAGUGUCUGAAUUCAGCGCCUUCAGCGCCUCUCCUGGCAUGAGCUUCCAGCACACGGGCUCACCACCCCCGACAUCCGCUGCCACUUUUGGCGGAGCAUCGCCACGGCUUCAGAACGGCGGGUUUGGGUACAAAGGCGGCGCGCAGGGUUUCGCGUACCGAAGCAGGGACGCGGCUAUGAUGGACGACGAUGACGACGACGAUGCGCUGCGUGUCGAUGGGGGAGAGAGGGAGGAGGAGGAGGCGAAGGAUUCGAAGCAGUUGCCGGUGGCGGUGAAUGAGGAUGGGGUGAUUCAUGUGCAGGGGGAGGAUGGACAGACGCUGGCGUACAGGCAGGGGGCGAUCUCGUUGGAUCAGGUGAGGAGGUUGGCCAUGCAGUCUGCGUACAGGGGAGGAUUGGCACAGGAGUAG